AUGGACGCUUUCAGGAUCCUCACGGGCGGCACUCGCCUCGACAAGAAGCGCUUCCAGGCCGACGUCGCCCACUUCGAGGCGCCCAAGGCUGAUCCAGUCGCUUCUACGUCGACUGCACUACCAUCCGAGCUCGACUUCUUUGGCGCAACUGCAGGUGAUGGAGCUGUCGGGUCUGCCGAAGACCGCAAGGCGAAGAAGAAGGAACGGAAGUGGAAACGGGCAGAAGAGGCUGCCGGUGCAGACUCGGCUGCUUCGACUCCCGCCGACUACCCUGCCCUCCUCCGCCGACACAAGAUCAAGCUGACCGGCCUCGACCUCCCUGACCCCGUUGCCUCCGUCGACGAUGUUGUUCGACGCCGGAGAGCCGUUGGAGGGGACACUGCUGCGGAAGGGGCGGAGGUCCUCGCUCAGAAUUGGAAGUCGCUGGGACUGAAGGAUCCGACGGGCGUGCAGAUGGCGGCUUGGGGGACAAUGCUGGCGGGCCGCGACGUCCUCGCCUGCGCGCCAACCGGUUCCGGCAAGACCUUCUCCUUCAUCUACCCCCUCCUCGCUCUCCUUUCGCCUUCUUCCGCCUCUCCUGACGACUCUGUCAUCCGGCCUCAGGCGGUCAUCAUCGAGCCCACUCGAGAGUUGGCGGUCCAGGUCUUGCGGGAGACGAGGAGGUUGGCCGGAGGAGGUGGGUGGAAGGCAGCGGUGUUGGGUGAGGAAGGCGUUGGUCUGGCUAAGGGCAAGGGAAAGGAGGGGAAGAAGGGGAAGGGAAAGAAGGGCAAGAAGGAGAAGAAGCAGGCGGGCGAGGCAGAUGCGGAAGAGGUGCCGGCUGCCCAGGUCGAUGCGCCUGAGCCGGCAGAGGACGGUGCGAGCGGCGCCGAGGCGUACAAGGUACCUAUCGACAUCCUCAUCACGACGCCUCUCCGCCUCGUCUUUGCGAUCAAGUCCGGCGCCGUCUCGCUCUCGACGACUUCACAUCUCAUCCUCGACGAAGCCGACAAGCUUUUCGAGCUCAACUUUCUCGAGCAGACAGACGAGAUCCUCGCUGCGUGCGCAAAGGACAGGCCUGCCGAGGCGGGCGAGAUUAGGAAGGGCAUGUUCAGCGCGACGAUGCCGAGUAGUGUUGAGGAGCUUGCGAAGGGUGUCAUGGCGGGAGCUGGGUCGGGCAUGGUGCGGGCCAUCGUCGGGCAUAAGGAGGCGGCGACCUCGACUAUCGACCAGACCUUGUCCUUCGUCAACACCGAGGAUCACAAGCUCCUCUCGCUCCGCUCGAUGAUCCAGGGCGGCCAGUUCACUCCGCCGGUCCUUGUCUUCGUCCAGUCGAUCCAGCGCGCCAAGGAGCUUGCGAACGAGCUCGUCUUCGACGGAAUCAACGCCGACGCGAUCCACGCCGACCGUACUCCGCAAGAGCGCGACGAGCUUGUUCGCAAGUUUGCGGCCGGGCAGGUCUGGUGCCUCAUCUGUACGGACGUCAUGGCGCGAGGAGUCGACUUCAAGGGCGUCAAGCUCGUCAUCAACUACGACUUUCCGCAGAGCGCGAUGAGCUACAUUCACCGCAUCGGUCGAACGGGUCGCGCGGGCAAGGCUGGUCGCGCCGUGACGUUUUUCACCAAGGCGGAUGCGGGUCACCUUAAGACCAUCGUCAACGUCAUGCGUCAAUCCGGCUGCACCGUCCCCGACUGGAUGCUCGCCCUCCCGAACCCGUCGCAAGACGCGAAGAAGGCGCUCAAGAUGCGUCCGCUCGGUCGCAAGGACAUCUCGAAGACGCUUGGGUCUGGUAACGCCGGCGAUGAGGGCGGAGCGAAGAGGGAGAAGUCGAAGAAGCGCGAGCGAAUCAUGGGCGGGAAGAGAGGCGUCUUCAAGAAGGGCAAGAAGGGGGAGGAGGGCAAGGCGGACAAGGCGAGCGAGUCGAAGGGCGAGCGGCCGGCGAAGAGGGCGAAGCGCGAGGUGGCGUUGGAUGAGUAG